GUCCACAAUGGCAUCACCAACAGAACGACAGCUCCACAUCGAGCCAGCAGUCCUCGAGAAUGUCCAACACAACGCAGCGACACUCUCCUACGUCCGGAACUUGACGUCAUCCGUUUUCGGCGCAUGCGCAGGAAUCCUCGGCCUAACAUCCCUCUACGGUUUCCUCUUCUACGCCAUCUGCACCACCCUCGUCAGCGGACUCAUGUACAUCACCCUAGCCCGCGGAACACCAGCAAGAUACUACAAAAACAAGAUGGAUAUAUUCACGAAUGAUCUAUUCGGACCGCUGCCGAGUUUUAUCUUGUGUUGGACGCUGGCGUAUGCGUUGCUUUCAGUAUACGAUUGAGGUUGAAGAGGGU